GAACAGCUCAGUUUACGUCGGAAUGAUACCAGAGCAACAUGGUCUCGGUGCCGCGAAGCCGUGUCAACAAAUAGUGCGUUUGUUUUGAGUGAACUAUUUUUCCUCUGGGCAAAUUCAGCUGGACGCAGUGAGGACUCGCGUCUUAUUUACACGGUGCACAGGUAUUAUUCCAGUAACGCUUGUACAGCCGAUGAGUUCUAAAACCACACAGAAGUGCUUCAACUUUCAUCAACUUUGUGCAGUAAGCAGAAUGCGAUACCCCACUGCUUUUAGAUAGGAAUUCGCUGAUUCAGUAGCUUCAUUUGCUGCUGAACAUGGCCUGGAACGGGUCGCGCUCAGAGGUUGCUCUUGUUACCGGCGGUAGCGGGUUCUUGGGUCAGCAUAUGGUCAAGCAUCUUCUGAAGGACGAGACAGUACGGGAAAUACGGAUACUGGAUAAAGUUCGAUGCAAUAAUAUUUUAGAUCUGCCCGAGGGCGGCAAACCUGUAGUAUAUCUCGAGGCUGAUUUAUACGACAAGGAGAAAUGCCGAGGAGCUUUGCGAGGCGUCGACGUCGUUCUUCACUGCGCCGCUCUCGUUUCGUACGAUUUUCCACCCGACGUAGAAGCCCUCCACCGUAACAAUGUGGCAGCUACGAAAAAUCUCCUCGAGCUUUGCGUAGAAGAGAGUGUCCCUCGCCUCGUGCACUGCAGCACCACCGAAGUCACCCUUCAGUCGUACGUCCGCGGUGGAAUCGUCGCGAUGGUUGUUUACUCCCAGGAGUCAAGGGCCCCUCCUCCGGAUGAUGAGAACAGAUUGAUCUUACGGGAAUACGCCACCUCCAAGCUAAGGGCUGAAAGAAUCGUCCUCGCGGCCGAUGGAACACCACUUAAGAACGGUACAAAGCUGUUGGCACUGUUUACUCACCGAGUUCAUCAUUCUCGCGUAAUUUUCGUCCAGAAAGCCAACAAUGUGAAUCGGCUUUGCGGUGGGACACUUCGGACAGUUUCUUUGAGACCCCCGCUGCUCUACGGCGAGGGUGACUUGGGAUGUGUUUGGCAAAUUUUGAAGGUUGCAAAAAAGCAAGGAAACUCGCUGGUGAGGGUGGCAGGUGUUGGAGGAAAGCAAGAAAUGGCGUAUGUAGGGAACAUGGCGUGGGCAUUUAUAUGCGCGAAAAACGCGCUGGCACGAUGUCCGGACGGGAUAGGAGGACUUCCGGUAUUCGUAACGGACGAUACAACGGUAGAGAAUUUGCUUAGAUUUUGCGAACGUUUGACGAGGAAUUCCAAUCACCACGUUACUUUGUCGUGGUCUAUUCCAAUAGUGGUUUCCUACAUCUGUGCCGUGGUAGCCGAACUAGCGAUCGCUUAUUUACCAUUUUUUAGGAAAAAACUUCCCAUAUCACCACGAUCUUUGAUUGCCUACCUGGGAUCCAUGAUUCUGCAUAAUCGAAGUCGAGCCGCUAUUCACAUCGGUUACACACCGAUCUUUACCAGGGACGAAGCGCUUCGAGUUUCCUCGGCUUACUACUCGAAAGUGUUUAACUGACAACUGAAGAAGAAUUGAAGGUAAUCUCAUGAGAACCUUUUUAUUUUUGAUGAGACUGAUUGUGAAUUUGCCGAUUUUGUCAUCGAUGUGAUUUGGGAGUAGGAGAGGCGUGAAAUAAAUUGAUAUUUGAAAGAAAGACAAAACUUGUUUCGAUUAACUUGUACAGUUUAUUGCUUCGAAAACUGUUCCACAUAACAAUAAAUACACUCAAAUUGGACUAUCUUAGUUUGGUUCUUUCUAAAAUACAAACUACAAUGGAAACGCGAUUUGUCUACACGCGGGAGAUGUAGAGAGUUGUUUAGAGUCACUCAACAUCUCUGAGACUUAUACGUAUAAAGUGCAGUUAUAAGGGUGGUUAACGUUUUAUU